UUCCUUGCUUUCGGAGACAACCACCACCACCAGACACACCAAACAAUAAACUACACGUAUCCACCGAUUACGUCGAGACAAGAUGAGCAAAGACUCCUCUCCUACGCACAUCCACAUGCACCACCCGCGUCUAGCAGACUACUUCGAAGACUUCACGCGCCCACAUACAAGCCACACUGCAUCACUGGCUUCAUCGUCCUCGUCCUCACAUACAUACCAUAACCAAACGGUGACAUAUGGGUCCUCGUCGCCAGCCCUGAUCCCCUCUUUCCUCCCCGUCGAGGAUAUCUACGUGGCGCCGCAGUAUCAGCCGCCGAACCCGGAGGACGAGGACGACGUUGUCCCCGACCAACACGCUGCGUUUGGAAUCACGAGGGCCAUGGAGAGACGCAGGGAGACUGUUUGGAGGGAUUUGGGACUUGAGGGCUUGGUUACGAGUGGUGGGGCUGGUGCGAGGGGGGCAACCAAGGGGGGGAAAGUGAGGGUUAAGGAUGCGGGUAGAUUGAUGGGUGGGAAGAGGGUUGUUUGCUUGCGGUGAUUUCGCAUUUUACUACGCCUUGAAGUGGUUGGUGUUGAGUGGCUUCUUUCUACACGUUUAUUGAUACCCCGGAUGCAUGCAACAAUCCAAUGGAAUGGUCAUUAUGAUAUCGUUACACCUAAACGCCUCAUUAUACAUUUGCAGGAGCUAAAGUGGCUCCUAUAUCCGGACUAUAUCGAC